AUGGUGACGACUACGAUUCCAGAUCCAUUACUCCUGGUGUGGCUAGGUCAGAUUCGAUGUAUUCCAAAUGAGGUUACGGAGGCCGGAGGAGGUGAUAGCAUGUCUGUAAAGAUUCGGUUUCGGCUAUUGAGUGAACGAGAGUAUCAGAGAGGAGACAAAAUUUCUUGGUACACCAACGGAGAUAAGCUUGUUCGAAACGAGUACAAUCCAAUGAAAUCCUAUGCAUUUGGCACUGUCUUUGCUUAUAGUGUUACAAGUAGUGGGAAGACACAUACAAUGCAUGUCAUCAAUAAUUUGCUCGAUGCAGCUGCAUACAAACCUGCGUGUUCAAGAAGAUGCACAGAUAAGUUUAGAUACAAAAUUGAGCCAAACAACGAUAACAUCCCACCUCAUGUUCUGCAAGUUAUUGAAGAAGAAUUGAAAAAACUACAACUUUUGGAAGCCGAUUCAAUGAUAAGAACUUUAAUGUUUGUACAAGCUCAACAAAUUCUUGAUGAGGAUCAAUAUGGUUUAACUGAUGUUGAAGAGAGGAUACUGGAGUUUAUUGCAGUGAGAAAACUAAGAGGAACAUCACUAGAAAAAAUCAUUUGCCUUUCUGGUCCUCCUGGAGUGGGUAAAACCAACAUAGGUCAUUCGAUUGCACGUGCUUUGAAUAGAAAGUUAUAUAGGUUUUCUGUUGGUGGAUUGUCUGAUGUGGCUGGAAUCAAGGGACAUAGGAGGACUUAUAUAGGUGCAAUGCCUGGGAAAAUGGUGCAGUGUCUGAAGAGUGUGGGAACAACAAACCCUCGUGUUCUAAUUGAUGAGAUUGAUAAGUUGGGCAGGGGACAUGCGGUUGAUCCUGUAAGUGCUAUGUUGGAGCUGCUUAAUUAA